AGAGAUCUCUGAAUCCCCAUCUUGUUACUCUGUUCACGUGUUCUUCUUCGGUUCUUCCUCCUCCCCAACUUGGUUCCUCUGUUUUUUUUUUUUUAAAAAAAACUUGGUUCCUCUGUUUCCCAUCUUCUUCCUCCGCCACACUCUGCUUAGCUCGAAGUGGCCAGUCCGCCAACAAAGCCAAACCUUGCGCGCGGGCGCCUGAGCAAUCGCCAUUCCCCGAUGGAGAACAGCGCCAGGGCCAGCAAUGGGGAGGUGGCGGCUGUCCCGGACUCGUGGAACUUCGUGCCGAACGAGACCCUCCUGGGCCUGGCGUCGAUCUCGGUGCGCGGCGUGCUAGCCAAGAUCAAGGCCGAGAUGGGUGCCGCAGGCGGCGGCGGCGGCGGGCGGCCGGUGAUCCCGAUGGGCCACGGCGACCCGUCGGCGUUCCCGUGCUUCCGGACGUCGCCGGAGGCCGUGGACGCCGUCGCCGGCGCGCUCCAGUCCGGCGAGUACAACUCCUACUCCACUUGCGUCGGCCUUGAGCCAGCACGGAGGUCCAUUGCGCAGUACUUAUCCCGUGAUUUGCCAUAUGAAUUGUCACUCGAUGAUGUCUACCUCACAAACGGCUGUGUUCAAGCAAUUGAGAUAAUCUGCUCUGUGUUAGCUCGUCCUGGUGCCAAUAUCUUGCUCCCAAGACCUGGCUACAAGUUUUAUGAGGCGCGCGCUGUUUUCAACGGAAUGGAAGCCCGGUACUUCGAUCUUCUACCUGAGAAAGACUGGGAGGUUGACACUGAUUGCGUCCAAGCUCUUGCUGACAAGAAUACUGUUGCCAUUGUCCUCAUCAACCCAGGAAACCCAUGUGGCAAUGUGUACUCCUAUGAGCACCUGGCCAAGGUUGCCGAGACAGCACGGAAGCUUGGCAUAUUUGUAAUAGCAGAUGAGGCUUACGCACACUUGACAUUUGGAGAGAGGAAAUUUGUGCCGAUGGGUGUGUUUGGGGCUGUGGCUCCAGUGCUCACACUGGGGUCAUUAUCAAAGAGAUGGCUGGUGCCCGGUUGGCGGCUGGGAUGGAUUGUUACCAAUGAUCCUAAUGGUGUAUUUCAGAGAACCAAGGUAGCCGCUAGCAUCAGGACCUACCAUUAUAUCUGCUCUGAUCCUACAACAUUUGUUCAGGCAGCAGUUCCGAACCUCCUGGAGAACUCCAAGGAGGAAUUCUUCCAACAAACCAUCAAAAUUCUCAAAGAAAGUGCAGAUCUAUGCUGGGAGAAGUUGAAGGACAUCAACGGAGUCACAUGCCCAAGCAAACCAAUGGGAUCCAUGUUUGUAAUGGUGAAGCUAGAUCUGUCCUGCCUGCAGGACAUCAAAGAUGACAUGGACUUCUGCUGCCGGCUGGCAAAGGAGGAAUCAGUUGUUGUUCUGCCAGGACGUGUUGUGGGAUGCAAGGAUUGGCUCCGGAUCACCUUUGCAAUUGAUCCGUCUUCUCUCGAAGACGGCCUUGACAGGCUCAAUUCCUUCUGCCUGCGACACAGCAGCAAGCCGGCCGGUAGAGUGAUGUGAUGAACUGCUCGCCGGUUCGUUGUAUUGCAACAUGAGACAAACUGUUAUGAACAUCUACAGAUGUAUGUAUGAUAUAUUGUAAUAUUGUAACAUCUUCACUCGAAGAUGAUAGAUUUGAUGCUCUAGCUAUGUCGUCCGUAUGUAGUACUAUGCAGUGGCGUGGGUCUGCUUCUGUGUUCUUGUUGUGUAGUGUCUGUUAGACGCAACGCAAAAUGUUAGGGGGUGUAUCUGAAGUGUAGUACUGUAGUACAAGACUCCUCCACCUCUUGGAUGGAAACAAUAAACUAAGUUCCUAAAUCACUUUAGCCUAUUGCUAGCAAGGUUGGUAACUGAUUUGUUUGUUGUUUAGAGACGUGAUGAUCGAUCUUUCCAUGCAUAUUCCUGCAAUCUAAACAUCUCAAAGUUGCAA